UGGACUGCUCUAUUACAAUCUCAAUAUUGUGAUAUCAGUCAUUUCUAUUUAUAUAACGGAACAGGACAGAGACUGCAGCAUGCAUCACAUGGUUUUGGGGUCUGAAUGCAUUAAUGACAUGUUCCGCAUGCAGACACACAUGGGCUUCUGUAAUACGCGGGGAUACAUCAGAAAAUAAAGCGACUCUGAAACAGAUUUGUUUUAGAUCGGAAUCCACUCAUCUUAGACUGAUACAAAGAUUUGAUAAACAGAUGUGGGAAGAUCUCCUGCACUUGUGGAUGGAGAUGUGGCUGUUUUUGUGCUGCCAUUGAAGACGUGCUGUUGUUAAUAGAGUUACAGUACAGGUGAGUCGGGAUGGCUUUCAUGUCCAGAUUGUCCCGGUCCAGGAGUAACUCCAGAUCUCCCAGCAGAAGGGAUUCAGAGAAGGGAUGUCCUAUACUGACUGUAGCCGAACUUGAACGUUUGCUGUACACUGGAAAAACCGCCUGUAACCACGUUGAUGAAGUCUGGCCAAGACUCUACAUAGGUGACCAAGAUUUUGCCUCAAACCGUAAAGAGCUGGUAAAGCUCGGGAUCACACACAUCCUCAACUGCGCACAGAGUAAAUGGAGAGGAGGGGCUGAGUAUUACGCAGGCAUGAACAUCACGUAUCACGGUAUCGAAGCCCACGACUCACCAUCCUUUGACAUGAGUGUUAACUUCUACCCAUCGGCUGAAUUCAUCCACAGAGCUCUCAGUACUGGUGGAACCGUGCUUGUACACUGUGCUGUCGGCGUGAGUCGAUCAGCCACGCUGGUGUUGGCCUACCUCAUGAUUCGCCAGAACAUGAAAUUAGUGGAGGCUAUUAAAACCGUGAAGGACCACCGAGGUGUCACUCCGAACCGCGGUUUUCUCCGUCAGCUCAGCGCUCUGGACAGCGUGUUGCGUGCCAGCCGAAACGCAACAUAAAUCCACCGGUAGUUCAUGAAAUUUUCUGGCCCAGGCAUUGACCUGACAAAUGAUAGCAGAUAAUCUUUACAUACAGCGAGUUUAUAUCUGUCCUCCUGUGGUCAGAGAUGCCUUAUAACAUCAGGAUCUCCAGAAAUAUGCGCAAUGCCUUAUUUACUCUUACCACUUGUUGCUUUAAUCUCUUAGUUUUUACUUGACUUUUUGAGUUGAAGUGACUCUCUCAAUGAUUCCUUCAGCACUAGCAUCUAAAAAGAUUAAUAAACGACUAAAUUAACAGCAGAGAAGUGAAUCACUGGAUUCACCUAAUCUUAAAAAGAUAAAGCUGACUUAUAGAUGCAUUUAAAACAAACACAAAAGAAGAUUUUUUUGAGAAAUGUCUCCGUGGUUUUCUGUUCAUGCAACCGAAGUCAAUGGGAUUCAGUGUUGUUUGAGAACAUUCUUCAAAAUAUCUUCUUUUGCAAAAGAAAGUCAUACAGGUUUGGAAAGAGAUGAGGAUGAAUAAAAAACCUUCCUCUUUAAAGGUAUAAUUCACCCUAAAAUGAAAAUUCUGUCAUUAUUUACUCACCUUCGAGUUGUUCUUAAUCUGUAUAAAUUGCUUUGUUCUGAUGAACACAAAGAAAGAUAUUUGGAAGAAUGCUUUUAACCAAACAGAUUUUACCCCCCAUAGUAGGCAAAUUACUUUAUCAUUUUAUUUUUUCAAAAUAACAUUUUGAAGAACAUAGGACAGCAAACAGUUCUGGGGCACUUUUGACUACCAUUGUAUUUUUUUGACUAUUGGAGUCAGUUGGGGCAAAAUCUGUCUGGUUAGUAGCAUUCUGCCAAAUAUCUUUCUUUUUGUUCUCAGAACAAAGGAAUUUAUACAGAUUUGGAAAGACUCCAAUGUGAGUAAAUUAUGACAGAAUUUUCAUUUUUUGGGAAAAGGAUCCCUUUAAAACGGCUCUGAACAAUACACAGGGCGACAGGCGAGCAACCUUUCAUUUUUUCACGAUUUAAAAAAAUAAGAGCUUUUCCUCUGUAUUAUUGGUGCAGUGUUACAGUGAUAUAGUAUGUUGAAUGUUUUUCAAUGAAUAAUGUAGCUGCGCACACAGGCUGUAUAAUGUGAUCGAGAUGUAGCUCUCUGCUGACAAACUUUUAACACUCACUUUCGUCAGCACAUUUUACUUUACUUUUAAUUUGCUUUACAUUUUCUGCAUUAAUACUUAAAAAAGCAUUUAUAUUAAGUAUUUCACGCGUCUGAACUUAAGCUUGUUUUGCUUGGCAUUGCAUUAUAUGGUAGCUACACGAAAGGGGCAUCCCUUCUCAUACUCAAAUCCAGCGAAUCCUUGAGCGCAGGACAAUAACAAUCUGCAUCUGUAUGAAUGACAGUGUUCUACUAUUCUUGUCUGUACUGUACAUUUGUAUUUAUGACUGCUGUUUAUUGUAUUUAUCUAUAACCAUUCCGCAACAGCCUGGACUUCAGCUAACUACUGCCAGGACUCUGUCCACACAAGGGGGAUCUGAACUACACACCAAUUUGUGUCUUAAUAAUAGCAUCACAAUGCAGUAGCUAAAAAAUACAGAUCAGGUUUGUAAGAACAGAGAUCUGCAACCCUACAGAAAACCCUCAGUGACAGUACUUUGGCAUUUACUUUAAAAAAGCAGCAAAAAAUGUAUCAGCGAUUUAACUUCAGAAAAUGUAGCCACUGUUCAUUUUUACUAAAUCAACAAUAAAAAAAUGUGAAGACC